AUGGCAUCAGCAGACGAAGUGUCCAAACUCAGUGUUUCGUCAUCGGCUCAGAAUAAUCCUUCUCAUUUCUGUAACAUUCCUAACUUUUGCAGCACUUCAUCAUCAUCGCCAUCACAGAAACUUACAGGGCGUAAGAGACCACGAGCUUCCAAUAAUGAAAUCUGCUCUGAGGAUGAGAUGACGUCUCUUGUUGCGGCAGAACUUAAUAAGCUAACAUUUCAAGAACGGGAGACAGUCUACGAGGAAGUUCAUGCGAUAGGGGCCACAGACUAUCAGAAUCAGAUCUCAGCCGAGGAAAUGCAAAGACUGAUAAAUCAAACAAGACAACACAUCUCCAUAACACGAAGGAACAAGCAAGCAUACAACCGAGCUGCAUUUCUCAAUCCUGAAUAUGUGGAUUCCGAUGAAUUCCUAUCAUUGUUUGUGAUUGGAGAAAAAUUUGUCCCAUUAAAUGCCGCGAAGAAAGUGAUAGAUCACUUUGCCAUCAAAGCAGAGCUUUUUGCUCCCCAUUUGUUGGCCAAGAAGAUUACUUUCCAAGAUCUAGAUGAAGAGGACCAGAGAUCACUCAUGACAGGCUCAUUUCAAGCUGUGGGUACCGAUCUUGCGGGACGGACGGUGAUACUCGGAACUCCUUGUCACGAGUAUAAGACUGUGGACAAUCAGCUUCGUGCCAUGUGGUACAUUUUUAUGAAGACGAUGGAAGAACAUUCGACGAGGAAGAAGGGAAUGGUUUGCGUCUACUUUUUGUCAUCGACGCUAGCGAACGAUAACCGAAGCAUCGACUUUUACCUUAAAGGAUCAAUGGUCCAAAAAAGUAUCCCAUUCCACGUGAAAGGGUUUCAUUUCUGUUACGACCACGAAAUCUUCCGACCCAUCAUGUCCGCACUGCAAUUGGCCAUCGGCAAUCAUAUGCGAUUGCGAUUUCGUUCGCAUUAUGGUUCAACAGUCGAAAUAAACUACUCCCUUCAGACGUUUGGGAUAUCAGGAUCGCUCUUUCCUAUUGCGAAACAUGGAAACCUGAGUCUCGAUAAGUUUCGAAACUACCUGGCGACAGUCAUUCAGCAAGAGAGAGAAGAGGAACUCAAGAAUGGGGGCAAAAUCCUUUGCCCAACUAGCGUUGAUGUUCUUCUUGGGCGAGGGCGCCACCCUCAGGAACACUUGGGGAAUUUGAAUCUAGCCGAACUUGUCGAUGCGCAUACUGGCACGUAUGCAUCUAUGCCAAGCCAGGAUAAGAGGACACUGAACUGCUUCAUUGUUCAAACCGUGCAAGGUCAAGGCGGAAGGUUCCUAAAGCGUGGUCCUCGUGGGGAAGGCUGGGAAGUUGUAGGUGACGAAGUUGCUAUAGACAAAGUUCGCAAUCGAUUUCGCGAAGCCAUCUCACAGGACAAGCAAAAACAUAAUACUACUUGA